UUAUAGCCACUCACGUUUAAUCGACGCUUGUGUUCAGCUACAUAUCUGUCUUACAGAUAUCCAACUUCUUUCGUCGACAUGUCACAUAGUAGGGGAAACGACGACUUUCGCAACAUUCAUCUCCAACAUCAGCUUCUUUCUCAUCGAAAAUGUAGCUUCAAAUUCAUCUUAAAGCAAUAAGACCCGAUCUAUUAUACUGUGCAAGAUGAAUAUAUUUUUCAACAACAGGAGAGAUAUUGCGUUACGGAAUGCUACUGUUUACGCACAAUGGUUCGGCGUUCUAUCAGCCAUCUCUUUCGUAUUGACUAGAGUCUUUUGGAUCACCGCAUACGAUGAUUCUAACAGGGACUUCCGAAAAUACGAAAUAGCGGUUAGAUUAUUAGAUAUGAUCUUCUUCUCGUUCUGUCUAUUUUUAAUGGAGACUCCUCCUAGCUCCCGUCGCUGGCGUUUGUCCUUCGGUAUCAGUCUGUUUUGGUGCUUCGCCCGUGCGAUGAUCGACUUCAUGUUAUCUAUGUCAGGUUUUUCCCAACGAGAUGGGCCGGGAACUCUUGUGAUAGUUUUCGGCAGUUUUAUAGGGCUAUCGCUGUACUUUACAGUGGCUGGUACUAUACUUCUCAGAGGCGAAUCGGAGGACUUCUACUCUUGCCGCUCCCGAACACUGUUCUACGCGGGAUAUACGUACUCCCUAGCUGCCGGGGGCCGCGGAAGACCCUUCGAUCCCCCUUAUACCUGCACUAUAUCGCCUCUCUGGUUUCUUCGCCCGGGACGGGUCUUUGCAUUGGGAUGGUGGUUCCGUGUAUCGCAGUGCAUCGAGUUGGCAGAGAUCUUCUCGGCGCUGGCAUAUUUCGUUGCGUAUUGGGCUGGGCACGAGUACGUGUUCACACGAACACUCGGAGGCCCUGGUGUUGAGCUUAUGCCGCGGGUUACCACUGGACUGGCACCACGGGAUGAAUCUAUCGGGCAGGAUGAGGGGAGAAGUAUGUUGUCUUGAUUAUAUUGCGCGACAAUAAGAUGGUUUUAACUUGGACGACGGUAUUACAUUAGUAAAAUAAAAAUAAAAAUAGAAUAAAAAAGAAUAAGAGGAAAAAAUAACGUACAAAAAAGUU